CAUAGCCAGCUCUCCCAUUAUCUCUCAUUCUCAUAAUCUCAGGAAAAAAUCCAUCAUUUUGUCGUCGCUCUAUCAUUUUCGCCGACUCGCCGUUGCCCACUCCACCAUCGUCACGUUCCCCUCUUUCUCCCUCAUCUUCCCAUCUCUCUUUCAAGUUCCAAUCCUUACAAAAGCUCUAACACAGGAAACUCGAAACCCUUUUCCUUCUCCUGUUCAACCGAACCAUAUCCGCCCCAUUUCCACCAUUGUUGCCGACUCGCCACCAGCUGCUACAAUCUCCCUUUCAUCUUCCCAUCUCAUACUCUUUGAAACAGAAAAACCCUAACCCCUUUAUCUCAUCUUUGGAAUCUAAUCUAUGGUUCAACUGUGAACAAUGAAGGUCACUCAAGGGAGGAAGAGGAAACAUCAAGAAAUUUUUGUUUGCUUGGGUUUUUUCUAGCAGAGAAUAUCAGGUCUAUAUCGAACUGACUGGAACAUCUUCGACCCAUCAUAACAAUCUUCCUGACUCUAAUCUGAUGGCCAGAUGGGAUGAGAUUCUGUCUCUCCCAGUGCAGAGUCCUCCAACUUUAGAAUUUUCUUCUGCUGAUAUUGUGUGGUCUAAGGUGGAAGGUUGGCGUGACAACAUUGAUAGAGUUGCUCUUAUCCCCUUUGCUAGAGUGGACGAUUUUGUGAGGGGGGAAUCUUCAAAUAAAGAAUGUCCCACCAGAUUUCAUGUUGAAGCAAGAAGGAGAAGGCCUCCAGAGAUGCCUUACAAGCCAAAGGUUGAUGGCAUCCUUGAAUAUAUUCUGUACUGGUGCUCUUUUGGCCCAGACGAUCACCGGAAAGGUGGCAUUGUUCGGCCAAGCAGAAGCACUUACAUCCCGAAAAAGAAAUCUGCCGGCCGGCCAAACACAAAGAGAGGGUGCACCUGUCAUUUCAUUGUGAAGCGCUUAAUUGCGGAACCAUCAGUUGCACUUAUCAUAUAUAAUCAAGAUAAGCAUGUAGACAAGAAAGGACUACCCUGUCAUGGACCGCAGGAUAAGAAAGCUGUAGGAACACGGGCCAUGUUUGCACCUUACAUCUCAGAUGAUCUUCGUCUCCGGGUCUUAUCUCUACUAUAUGUUGGAGUCUCUGUGGAAACAAUAAUGCAGAGACACAAUGAAUCAGUAGAGAGACAAGGGGGUCCAUGUAAUCGUGAUGACCUACUCACACACAGGUAUGUGAGGAGACUGGAGAGGAGUAUCCGGCGCUCCACGUAUGAACUGGAUGAAGAUGAUAUGGUUAGCAUUGCUAUGUGGGUUGAGAGCCAUCAAAGUCAUGUCUUCUUUUAUGAGGACUUUUCUGAUACAGACCCCUUUGUCCUGGGCAUUCAAACAGAGUGGCAGUUGCAACAAAUGAUCCGGUUUGGAAAUCGUAGUCUUGUGGCAUCUGAUUCAAGGUUUGGAACAAACAAGUUGAAGUAUCCUGUUCAUAGUCUCCUCGUCUUUGACUCAGACAACAAGGCCAUCCCUGUUGCCUGGAUUGUAGCACCAAGAUUUGCAAGUGGGGAUGCACAUAAGUGGAUUAGAGCUCUUUACAAUAGAGUGCAUUCAAAGGAUCCUACAUGGAAGCUGGCUGGUUUCAUAGUUGAUGAUCCUGCAGCUGAUGUCCUUACUAUCAGGGAAGUGUUCCAGUGCUCUGUUUUAAUAUGCUUUUGGCGGGUCCGUCAUGCAUGGCAUAAAAACCUGGUAAAGAAAUGUUUGGAUAUUCAAAUGCGUGCGGAGAUAUCAAGACGACUUGGAGAGGCAGUGUAUGCAAUCUGCAAAGGAAAUGGCAAUGUGGAUUUAUUCGAGGAUUUCAUGGGAGAUUUUUUGGACUGCUUAGAUUUCUUGGAUUACUUCAGGGCAAUCUGGUUUCCACGGAUUGGGUUGUGGACUACUGCAUUGAAGACUCUUCCACUUGCCAGCCAAGAGACUUCGGCAGCAAUGGAAUAUUACCAUCAUCAACUGAAACUCAGAUUGUUUAAUGAGAAGAAUCCAAGCGUUUAUCAACGUACUGACUGGUUAGUUGAUAAGUUGGGUACCAAGGUGCAUUCAUACUUCUGGCUUGAUGAGUAUUCAGGGAAGGAUGACUUUGGUCGAUAUAGAAAAAAUGAGUGGAUGAGUGGUUUAACAUCCUGGCGCCAAGCACUGGAGAUUACAGAUGCAGAUGUUGUUUUAGAAGGUAGAUGUGCAAAGGUACUUAGCCAGCAUAAUAAGGGGAUGGCUCAUGUUGUUCACAAUCCUGGUUCUGAAUUUGCAAUAUGUGAUUGCAAUUGGUCACAGAUGGGCAAUCUCUGUAAACAUGUGAUUAAGGUGAGUAAGGUCUGCCGUGAUAGGAGUUCUGCUGUGUCAUCUAUCAGCCUCUUUGAGUACAACCAGACUCUAAUUAAUAUACUUCAUUGUCCACCACAUGAUUCUCUGAUUCGGGAUCAUGCAGUUUCUCUAGCCAUUUUUGUACAGAUGCAACUGAAUGCAUUGGUUCAGCCAGAAAAUGGCAGGGUCGAUGUGCCUCCUGUUGAGAAACAAACUCAAAAUAAACAUUCUGCUUGUAAACAUGCAAAUUUAAUAAAUGAGAGCCAAUGUGCAAGCAAGAAAAUAUUAAGUUGUAAUGAGAAUCCUGCUGAAGAUGGAGAUGAUGAGGAGAAUGUUGUAGGUGAUCUGAGUAGUGAUGAUGUGACUAAUGGGGUAGCUUGUGAAAAUGGCUUCUGCAGUGAGAGUGCACAGGAAAUAAUUGCUUCCACUGAGAUGGAUGUUGAUCCAUUAUCAAUCUGUGCCUCCCCAUCUGAAUUAUUACCUCUUGAUGUGGUCACAUCUACUAAUGAUCAUUUUUCCAAUGGUAAUGCUUCUACAAUUAGGAAUGGGACUCAAGAUGAGGUAUUAAAUGUGGCUUUUCAUGACAAGGUGGUUGACAAGAACCAUCAUGGUAAUGUUGAGGGAAGCACCACUGGCAGCAUGAUGGAUGUGGAUCCAAAAUUCACAGAGACUCCCUGUUCAACAUCGAGGGCUUUUGACCCAUGUAUGGUAAGUAAUGGUGUUUGCAGCAAUCUUGCCAACCCAACUGUUACUGGUGAUACAAUAGAUGUCAACCCCCAAUCCAUUGAGACUUCUCAGCCAAGAUCUGUUUUUACUGUGCCAGAACCAAUAAACAGUGUUGAGUCCAUGGAUCAGAUCUCAGAAAAUGGGCACAGAGAUUUACAGAAUGAGAUCCCAGGCAUGAAUGCAAGUCUACAAUCUGUUAGUAAUGCUUGCACAGUAGCUGGGGUUCGAGGUCGUUUGUCAGACGAAUAUCAUCAAGACGAUGUAAUUAACUGGUUAGAAAGUGACGGCAUUUGUAGUUAUGCAGCAGAGGAAAAUGGCAGCAUGAUGGAUGUAUGCCCCAAUUCAAUCCAAAACUCUCUUUCACGGUCAAGGUCUGCUGAACAUGAGACACGUGUUGACAAUGUAGCCAGUGGUACUAGUGUUUGUGAUAAUAUUUUGGAGAGAGAUCCUGGCAAAGUGAUGAAUGGAGGAGAUUUAACAAAUAAAAGUGAGGGCAUAAAUGAGAAGCCUUCUCCCGAUUCCAGUCCAACUAGAUGUGAGGUUCAAGAUGGAAUUGCAGGUGGAGGUUGUCAUAGCGAUAGAAGCAGCCUAGUAGCAAGUUGCAAUGACAUUUCUAAUGAUGUUGCUGCAGAAACUGUGUCAGGACAUUCUAUCCAGACUCCGACAAGGACAGUUUCUUUAGGCCAGCAAGUAGUUGACCUUGUAGAAGGUGAUGAUGUUGUUUGUGGCGAAGAUUCAGGAGAUAAUGCUAAAGGGGACAGAAUGGAUGUUGGAGCUGAAUCCAGCCAAAUUUGUGUCUGAAUUUAGGGUUCUGGGCAUAGAAUUGAGAGUACAUGUGCUUCUGUUGAUAUAUACAAUGUGUAGUUUAAUGAAUGAAAGAGCAGACAUGCGGGAUAUAUCUAACAGAUUGUAAUCGUCACUGCUAAUCGGAAACUGUUAGAGGUGGUAUUUCAGUUCAAGCUAGUGGAAACCAAACUGUUCCAUGGUUUUCUGAUGCAGAUUAUAUAAUAUAUAUCCUAUAUUGCAGCGGUGUAAAAUGGAGGAUGAGAUGGUGCUGCGAAACUGUGAAGCUCUUAUUUUCCUUGCGAGUUGUAAACGGGCGUGACAAGUAUCGGUUCCUAUUCGAUGGUUCAUGAUUUGUAUCGGCACACUACACUUUUAAAAUGUGAGCUUUCUCCAUUCAUGAUGGUAUGCUCCUAUACGCGUCACAUUGGAAUUCAAGCUAACAACUAUUGGUGCUGUCAAUUGUCUUAAUGUGUAUAUAAAGACUUGUAUAAUUUUAUAUUGUAAGUGGUGGAUGAAUCUUGAGUUAACCAGAACAGGUUUCUUGAUUUUUUCUUGAAACAGGCAAAUAAUAUUCUUUCUUUUAAUA